AUGAGAUUUGAGAAGGAAGGCAAGCUACCACCCAGAUACAUAGGACCUUUUAAGGUCAUUGAUAGAGUUGGAACAGUUUCUGACCAGUUGGAGUUACCACCAAGCUUUUCUCAUGUCCACCCAAUAUUCCACAUCUCCAUGCUGAGGAAGUAUAUUCCUAACCCUUCACAUGUGCUGCAACCAAAUGUAGUAGAGUUGAAUGAGAACCUGACCUUCGAGGAGCAGCCUGUAACCAUAGUGGACUAUCAGAUGAGGCAACUAAGGUCAAAGCAGAUCCCUAAGGUUAAGGUUUUAUGGAGAAGCCAGUCAGUAGAAGAAUGCAUUUGGGAGUCAGAGCAGAAUAUGCGCAGCAAGUACCCGUACUUGUUCAAUAUGUAA